AUGGCAUCCCCAGCCCGCCUUUUCAGGCGCCUCCUUCGCCAAGGGCGGCGACAUGACUGGAGAUGGCUGAUAGCAUACUCGGCUCUGAUUCUCCUAUCGGCCUCCAUUUUCUUGUAUUUUCUUCUCGCAUACUACCUCGCGGGGGAUCCGCGUCUUGUUCCACACACCAUCCAGCAAGCGCGGAACGUCCUUCUCGUCACGGCACAUCCCGAUGAUGAGACUUUGUUCUUUAGCCCAACUAUCCUUCACGGUCGCGACAACCCGGAUGUCAGUCGUUCCUUGUUGGUGCUAUCGACGGGCGACUAUCAUGGCCAAGGAGAUAUCCGCAAGGCAGAAAUCGAACGUAGUUGUGCCGCACUCGGCAUCUCAUCUGCUCGCUGCGUUGUUCUAGAGCACGGUGCCUUGCAGGAUAACCCAAAGAAGUGGUGGCGCCAGGAUGUCAUUCAGGACAUAGUCUCCCAUUACGUUCACAUGUGGAAAGUCGAUCUGAUCUUCACCUUCGAUGAGGGCGGAGUCUCCGGCCAUAUCAACCAUAAGGCCGUGAGUGCCGGUGUUCGAAAGUACGCAGAGGACUUUCCACAUGCCCCGCCAGUUUAUGCCCUACAGAGUACAUUCCUCCUGCGCAAGUACUCGUCGCUCAUUGAUCUGAUCUUGACCUCUGUGCCAUUCACCUGGCGCAUCGGGGCAGCGGUCCUGACAGCCACGCCGGCGCCCACAGGACACGACAUAUACGGAAACAGAGCGCUGCUGGUAAGUCCGUGGCAGACCUACCUGACUGCGCGAACAGCAUUCAGUCAACAUGAUAGUCAGUACUCAUGGGACCGGGUGUUGUACUUGGUAGUGAGCCGUUAUAUGUGGUUUAAUAAUCUGUAUCGAAUAGCCUAAGCAGUGAUCAUGUUCUGUCAAAUAUUCUUUCAUUAAGCAAAACUAUUUGUCUCCAAUAUGGUAUCCAAACGUAAAACCGUGAGCAAGAUAUCUAGCUAUAAAUUACAAGUAUUCAAGAAUCAUGUGCCUUCUGCAAAAACUCUAUCUCCUGUGACACUGCGUCCCUCUGGUGCCAUGCCCGGCCCCGAGACACACAUAGGCUCACAGCCCAGCAUCCUCCUGCCAAGGCGACCAGGACCAAUCCAAACGCCACCCGUUGAUCCAUAUUCGCAAACGCCUUGAUGAAUUUUGCGUCUUUCUCGUGCCAGGAGGAACUGCCCAAAUGCCGAAAGAGCGGGGUGUUGACCACACCGUUGAGCAUAUGCAUUCGUGGGUUCUC